CGGAAACUCGCCCUUUUUUUUAUCAGUAAACUGGAAAUUUGAAAGCGAUAACAACAAGACUCACUGCACCAACAGUCACACCGAGAGAGAAGACUUUCUGACUAUUCAUCAUGGCAGCCAUGGACAAACUGAGAAACAAGAAAACAGAAAUUGUUGACACUUUGAGUGCAGACCGUCGAAUCUUCGACAAAGUCCAACAGAAAGGUCUCAUAACUCAACGUGAUUACAACAACCUCAAAAACAUCAAAGGAGAGACUGAAGAGGGACACGUUGUUGCACUUGUGGAUAAGAUCAUGAAUAAAGGACCGGACACGUGCCAAAAGUUCCUGAACCUCCUGCAAACCGAUGACGACAUUAAAUCGACUUACCCAGCGUUGGAGAACAUACUAACAAACACCUGCAUUCUACCUACGCCCGUCCAAGCAGCUUCUUCUGAUAACCUUGAUGGUGAUUCACAAGAGAGCAAAAGACGAAAGGAGGACGAGGCAUAUGAGUUGAACAGCCAGCCCGUCGGCCUCUGUGUGAUCAUAAACAACGAGAAUUUCAAGACUAAAGAUCAGAGAGAAGGAACCGACAAAGAUGCUCGACGUUUGGCAAAGGUGUUCAGCCGGCUGGGGUUCAGAGUCCUGAUGUGUAAAGACCAAGAAAGGGACCAGAUGGAUCGUGCACUGAAAUACUUUGCUUCUCCGGGUGACUUGUCUCAGCUGCAGGAGUUCAAUGCAAAGGAGUGGUCUGGUAGUGAAUUCAUUGAUCCUCAGGAGCCUCCUAAACAUGGCGAUGCCUUCAUCUGCUGUGUUCUGAGUCAUGGAUCAAAGGGUGUAGUUUCAGGGACUGAUGGUAAGCACCUCUCCAUUAAAGAAAUAACUAGUACAUUCAAGGCAACAAAAGAGUCAGCCCUCAACGGCAAGCCCAAAGUGUUCCUGAUCCAGGCCUGCCAGGGACAUGGGGUACAAAAAGGAGUGCCGUCACCAGAUCUGCAGUUUGAUGACUCUGGAUCAGUAUCCAUCCCUGUGGACGCUGAUUUUCUGGUUGCCAUUGCCACUGUUGAAGAUUGUGCAGCAGUAAGAGACCAAUAUGUUGGAAGCUGGUUCAUCCAGUCUGUGUGUAAGCAGCUGGAGGAUGUCUGUUCAAGUGGGGAGGACAUCUCCGAAAUCUUUUACCGUGUGAAGAAUGAAGUAAGCCUGAAAGAGGGUUCCAAGACACCAGGUGCAGUCAAGCAGAUGCCUGAAACCAGGGACACGCUAACGAAGAGACUUGUGUUGUUGCCGCGUCGCAACUGAAGCUUAAUCUCUACAAACCAUGCAAACACAUUAUAUUUUAUGUUUUAAAUUAGGUCUGUUUUCUUAAGAUAUACUUUUGUCUUUUAUCUAUCUUUGUCACUAUCAAUGUUUAUUUUUUUAAGCAAUCACAUUGAAUCAUUGUCUUUUAUAUUAUAGGUCCAAAUUGUUUUAAUAAAUCUAU